AAUGCCUGCCACGCGUCGGAACUAGGCCGCCGGGGCAGCCGCGGGCCACGAGCGACACGGCGGAGGCAGCGCGGAGGUCUCGGGGGCCGACUCCGGAACCAUGCGUGACUUGUUCCGAUUAGCCGUUUUCUUUUGUCUGUGGAGCUUUUCCACUGCUCAGGGGCAAGAGAAAGAGGAGAGCACAGAGGAUGUGAAAAUAGAAGUCUUGCAUCGGCCAGAAAACUGUUCUAAGACAAGCAAGAAGGGAGACCUGCUAAAUGCCCAUUAUGAUGGCUACUUGGCUAAAGACGGCUCAAAAUUCUACUGCAGCCGGACACAAAAUGAAGGCCACCCCAAAUGGUUUGUUCUUGGUGUUGGGCAAGUCAUUAAAGGCCUAGACAUUGCUAUGAUGGAUAUGUGCCCUGGAGAGAAGAGGAAAGUGAUUAUACCCCCUUCUUUUGCAUAUGGAAAGGAAGGCUAUGAAGGCAAGAUCCCACCUGAUGCAACAUUGAUUUUUGAGAUUGAACUUUAUGCUGUAACCAAAGGACCACGGAGCAUUGAAACAUUUAAGCAGGUGGACACAGACAAUGACAGACAACUCUCCAGAACUGAGAUAAGUCAUUACUUGAAAAAAGAAUUUGAGAAAGAUGAGAAGCCACGUGACGAGUCCUAUCAGAAUGCAGUCUUAGAAGACAUUUUUAAGAAGAAUGACCACGACGGCGAUGGCUUCAUUUCUCCCAAGGAAUACAACGUAUACCAACAUGAUGAACUGUAGCACAGUUUUAUUUCUACAUUUUUAAAGUUUCUUACUGUAUUUUAUAUAUAAAACACUUUUCUUCAAGUUGUCUUUUCUGUUUGUCCCCCAUGAAAAGAUAUUUUGACCCUCUUAACACAUAUUAAUUUUGAGGUAAUAAAUGUGAGACUGUUUUGCAAGUAUAACUUUCAGGAAAGGUACGAUUGUGUUUCCUACUGCUGUAUUCUAUGAACACAAAUUGCAGCACCAUGAAAUAUUCAUAGACCUCUGUGUAUUAGUGGAUGAUUUUCCCCUCAGGAUAU